AUGCCCCUCCUCCGUGUGGGCUCGCCGGCCCUGAUACUUUGUCUAUUGCUGUUGCUGCUCCCGCAGGUUCACGCAUUUGGAGCCGGCAAUAUCGCGUCCAUCUCGGCCAUCGAGGGCAAGAACUGGCGACAUGGCGACAUUGAGGAUAUGCUCAAAACGAUCGCAUUCAUUCACGGCCACAAGUGGACGUCUACUAUGAUCAAGCGAGUAUAUUUUGGAAAUUGGUUGCGCGACUACUCACAAGCAAUGGAUGUCGGAACCCUCAAAAACCUGCCCGCCGACACCAUUCGCGUUCUCGUGUGGAUCCUUUCUUUUCUGACGUUUGGCUACGCCACUGGGGAAUUUGAAGUGACCGCCGAGCGCUUAGGUGUCUACCGCCCAGAGGAACAUAUCGAUAACCCCAAAGACUACGCCGACAACGAAGAUGCACGUCAGUUCGACCAACGCCUGCGGGGUCCGAUCCGACAAGUCGAACUCGACAUCGAUCCGGAGACGGGCAUGAAGAACUAUAUCGCCAACGAGCGUGGUGACUGGGCGACCAGCACUGCUUUUGUCAAGUUCAGCCUGAGUCGCAGUAUUCACUACGGGCGCAUGUAUACCAACGGUGGUGGUCACAAGGGCAGGGAAGAGGAUCUGUGUGAGGCUCUUCGAUGCUUAGGCCAAGGACUCCAUACCCUUGAAGAUUUUGCGGCUCAUUCGAACUACAUUGAGCUUGCUCUGCGCGAGAUGGGGUUCCACAACGUCUUCCCCCAUACCGGUAGUGCCACACAAUGUAAUGUGCGUGGGCACCGGGUGUUCCCCUUGGUAACAGGGACCUUUGGAAUGGUCGAUUUUUUCCACUCGGUUUUGGGCGAGGCCACCGAUCAUUUUACCCAGUCUGAGGUGAAUGAGAUGGAUCUGGCCCUUGGCGAUGCGGAGAACAACGCUCAGUCCAGCAACUCCCUCAAUAUGCUAACUGGGCUUUUGGGCAAAGUCCCCGGCACUCGAGAGUUGGUGGUGGAGGCCGAACAGCUGAAGCAACGGUCCGAUGCCCAGGAGAUGAGCAAUCGCUCCCGUGGUUUCCAGGCUGGCUACGUGCAGUCCAACGAGUUUGGUCAGAGUCGAGCGCCAAAUCCCACUCAGCCCUCCACCGGCGGUGCCACAUCUGGAGGCGGCCUAGCGGAUUUCAACCCGCAGGAGACAGUGGACAAGAUCUAUCCAAUCCUGGCUUUCCGCGACAAGGUCGUGCGUAGAUUGAGCGCUAUCAUCGAAAAAAUUCCUGGGCUGGAGUCGAUCAUUGACAAGAUCACCGAGACUCUAACAUUGUUUAUCAUGUCGCUGCUUGCGCCAUUCAUUCGUCCGCUCAUCAACGCCGCUUCCAAGUCAUUGCAGACUGGAUCGUCUGGCGUGAUCAGCGCCUCGGGCAAGCAUCAAUACGAGCCGUGGACCGAUCCUCACUGCACCGAUCCCACUCAUUCGCUUCUCUCAAAGGAUCACUUUGCCAAUAUCCUGAAUGAACCAGCCGGAUUGGUCGGUUCAGCUAUUCUCAAGUACGUCGCUCCUCGGGUGCUGUAUGCUUGGCAGCACAUUGAUGUGCCCGAGCACGAGGUCUUGGAGGAUUGCAUGCGCGUCUUCCACCAUCCCGUACUGCGAGACAUGCACAACGAAGCUCAUCGGACGAUGUUCGAGGCUGUCGGCAACUGGGUUCAGUCCCGUGAGGACCGGGGUGCGCACCUCAAUGACAUUUUGAGUUCCGAGGGCGUUCGAGCCGGUCGGAACACUGGUGGUGUCCCUCACACCCACGGCGGAAGCCAGGGCGGCUUUGCUGCACUGGGUGGCACAGCGCACGGUCAAGCACACGGUCAUGGCCAGGCCCACGGCCAGGCCCAGGGCCAGGGACACGGCUUCUCACUCGGCGGUAUUCAGUCUCUCUUCUCGUCAUCCCAAUCUCAGCACCAUCCACCCUCAGGUACACAGGGACAAGGUUCGUCUGGUAUGCCGUGGGAUGCAUUGUCCAAACUGCCCAUUCCGGGCAUGUCGAAUCUGAAUAAACUAGAGAAUACCUUCUCCAAUUUCCUGCCCGGUGGCUUUUCUCAGGGUUCUCGAAGAGAAGUGGGAGAUGAGCAAAGUGGGCCGGACAACUCACAAUAUCAGCCUCAGCCUCCGCAACAAUAUCCACCUUCAACGCAGUAUCCGUCGUCCUCGCAGUAUCCGCCCUCAUAUUACCCCGGACAGCAGGGUUCUGGGCAAGGUGGAUAUCACUAUUGA